GCUUAACCCGGAAGUUUGAAACAAGGAAGUGAUUUGAUUGAAGACAAUAAAGAUAGUUGUACACACUGUAGGGAAGGAAAUCUUGUGUAUGCAUCUUAUUUACGGUACCAAUUAACAAAACUGACAUUACAGGUAGAUUUUGAUGGCGAGACGUCAGUUACCCCUACCAGAUGGCAUAGCUCCAUCAAGGAGAGCACCACCUCCAUUACCAGCUGAUGAUGAGUUCCCACCACCUCCAGUACCUAGCAGACCGUUACCAGGGAGACCAACACCAUCAGUUCCAUCUGGUCCACCAGCGGUACCAACCUCUAGCAGACCUUCUGUACCAAAACCACAGGCUCAAAAGAACAAACCAAUUCUACAACCUGCUCCUGAUUCUGGUUCAGAUGUGGAGGAUGACAGUUUUGAUUCUGAUUCUGACAGUUCCACAAAAAGUUAUGAAGAUAUGUCAGGACAGAGCAUAGAACCACCUAUUCCAGAUAUACCAAAAAGAGGCUAUAAAGAUAACAGAACAAGGCCGCCACCACCUCCACCAGCAAACGUCAAGCCACUUCCUGAACCAGAAGUGGAAGAAUUGUAUGACGAGGGGGAUGCAGGUGAUAUCUAUGAUGAGGCUGCCAUGGGAGGAGCAGGUUCAGAGGAAGAAGGUGAAACUUAUGAUGAUGCUGAGAUUGGAGAUGCAGCUGAUCAACAAGAGGAGUAUGCUGACUGUCAAGUUGAAGAAGUUGAACCUCCACAAGAAAGCUAUGAUGAGUUUCAAGGUGUAGCAGCGGAUGACACAUAUGAAGUAGAAGAACCCCAAGAAGAGUACCAGGAAUGUGACGUAGGAGCACCAGUAUCAGAAGAAUUGUAUCAGAUUGCUGAUGAUGAGACUCCCCCUCCUCCGGCCCCAGCCCCACCAAUAGCAGCAGCUCCAGCACUUCCACCACCAAGACCUAAACAGAAAAGAGAUGAUGCACCACCUCCGCCUAGGAAUGUAGAAAAGAAACAACCAGUACCAAAACCUACUGGUAUGGGUAUGCCUGCUAUAGGAAUGGGAGACAUACUCAAUAUAAAAGACAGACUCAAAAAAGUCACAGUUCCCCAAAAAGAACCAGACAAGAAAGAACCAAAGCAGUACACAGAUCAUAACGAACUUCAAGCUAAAUUUAAUUUCUUUAAAAACAAAGAAAGAGAAGACAGUAGUAGUGACAGUGAUGAAGCUAAGAAACCAUUAAAACCAAGUCUUAAUAAACCUUUACCAGUGAAACCUUCAGAUGUUCCAAGUGGCCGCUUUCCCAAACCGGUUGCUAAGAAGAGACCGAAUGUUCCACUUAAACCUGCACGUGUUUCGGAUGAGCAAAAUGACUCUUCACCAAAUUUUUUAAGUCAGGUAAAGUUAAAACAUGUAAAUAAACCAGCGGAAACUGUAGAAAAAGAAGUUGCAAGCAAUAUUCCUUUACAACAACCAAAGAGAGAGCCUUCACCUUUAAAAUUUGGAAGGAGUUCUGAGUCAUCAGACAAGAAUGCCUUACAAAAUCAUACUGGACCAAGUUUUAUGGCUCAGAAGAAUUCACAACCACCAGGAAGAAAUUUUCCUCCGACUCGUCCAGUACCAAAUGCCAGACCGACAGAAAAGAAGUCCUUCCUGCAUGCCUACCUGGACAAGAAUCCAGAAGUCUCAAACCAGAGGAUUCCACCAAAACUGGUACCUAAACUGAAAUCUAGUGAUUCCUUGCCACCUGUGCCACCACCAGUCAAAGAAAUCCCAUCCCAACAUCGAGAUCUGCCUCCACCUCCAUCCAAUGCCACACCUGGUCUUCCACCACCCAGGGGAAAAGAUGGUUAUACAAAGGUCAGUGUAAACGAUGCAGAGGAAAACAAUAAUGAAGAUGAUGACCAAGAAAUUUAUGAUGAUGCCAUAUCAUUUGAAGAUCCGUUGUUGAAAGAGAGAUGGUAUUUUGGAGAGAUAGACAGAAUGGUUGGAAACGAUAAAUUAAAGAAAGUGGGAACAAAUGGAUCUUUCUUGUUACGUAAAAGUACAAAAGGUGGAAAUAACCAGCCCUAUACAUUGAUGGUUUUAUAUAAUGACCAUAUAUAUAAUCUCAAGAUAAGAGAAAGAAAUGAUGGUAGGAUGGCUAUAGGAGAAGAAAAACCUGAUGAAAUGUCAUUUAUGACAGUAGAAAAUUUAAUCAAACACCACCAGUCCAAUGACGUCAUUCUGGUUCACAAAGACGGCAAACAAGACACUACGAUGCUGAUCAGAUCUCCGAUGAAAUGAUAAUUUUUGAUGCAUUCACAGACUGGUCAUAUUGUAAAACUUAAAUCAUUUUUGAAUAGAAAUGGCUGAUAAUGUGUUUGAUUUUCUGUUUGAGAUGAAGCAUUGUUUUCGGCUAGAGCUACAGCUGCCAUAGAACUCACAUGGAAAGAAUAUUGUUAGUUUUACCAAUGUUUUCAAGCUAAAUCUACAAUCUAUCAACAUUUUAUUUCAAGCUUCUACGUCAUGCAUGAUUGAGCAGUAUCAAAUGAAAAAGUUGUUAACAAGUUUAAUACUUUGUAGAAUACUAAAUCUAUUAUUUAUCAGUUUGAUAUGUUUAUCAUCACGAGUACCCUGAAAGUACUUCUGGGCAGAUAAUGAAUUAAGGGAAUACACAAAACAUUUUAAAAGAAAUUUAAUCAUUUCCCAGUAAAAAGAAUGUUUUAAUGUCAUUUCAAAAUUAGAAAAUAAGCAAAGAACAAUAUUUAACCAUAAAAAAAAGUAGAAAAUUGUUUGGAUAUUUGGUUCUUAUUAUUUCCAUGGUUUUAUUUUGGCACUUUUUGUUGGGUGCAUUUCAUAGAACAUAUGACAAACGAUCUACACAAGUAUUUAUAAACAUAAUUUGCAAAGUGUCUACAUGUCUUGUCUAGUGAUAAAUAAUAUAAAAUCUGUGAUAAUAACACGAGGUGGUUGCCAUUGGGUAUAUAUCAGGGUGCCACAUAUGUAAUGUGAAAACAUUACAAUAAUCUCAAGCAUGCUUGUUCUUAUGUGUUCAUGCUCCGUAUAUUGUAUAAUGUAUUACUAUCCAUUUAGUGAUGAUUUAUGGAUGUGAAAAAUGUAUUUAGACUGUCUUAGGAUAUAAAAGUUUAUCUGGAUUAUGUAUACUGUAGAGAAUUUUUAUUGAUCAUUCUAUGUUAUUUUAUAAUACACCUAUUUUUAAAAUGUGCAUAUUUAUGAUUUUAUUAUUGUGUGUGUUAAAUAUACAUAUUUCAUUGAACUUUGCUAGAUUCUGCCUUGAAAAAAGCAUUAUGAUGCCUCUCAUAAUUGAGUAUUAUGUUUGUUUCGUUUUUACUCCCCUCUGUAAAUAUAAUGAAAAAUGGUUAUGAUAUAGCUUGCAGACAAUAUUAUAUGUAAUUAAAUUUUCAAGGUAAAACCUGUCACAUGACCAUGUUCUCAAGUCAGGAACCUGGCUAGUGCUUGUCUUAUGUUAUAUCGUAAUGUUUUUAUUCAUUAGGGAGUUUCGUGUUCAGAUCAGAUCUUUUAUAAUCUCUUUGAAAUAUUUUUGCUGCUUUUCUAAAAUAGACAAAACUCAGACUUUGACAUAUUCUAAUGACAUUUGCAAUUGUUGUAAAGUGUAUAUUAAUAAUUUAAAAUCUUUUGCUUUUUUUGUAUUACCAGGUUGCUGUCUCACUGAUGCAUAGCCAACAUCUCCUUCCAAUCAUGUAAAAUAUGAUUGGAUAGAUUUUUUUCUGACAUAUAUUAACAAAGAAAUAAUAAGGAUUUUUACACACCUGCAUAUAAUUUCCUAAUAACUAAACUUUAAGAUUGAACAGAUUUUUUAAUUUUUACUUGCUCUUUUCCAUGGAUUUUUUCAACAAGGAAUAAAGAUGCUAAAUUUUUUAUAAAGUUUUAAAGGUGUCAUUUUAUUGAAAGGUGAAAGUUGUUACUAGGGCAUUCAAAACUGUACUCAAGAUUGUCCUUAAAAGUUUACAAAUAAAAGAUUAUAAUAUGCUUAAACUUUGGUUUAAAGUUUGUAAGAAUUUAAGCGAUUUAUAAAAUUUUAUUUUGCUAGUUUUUUUUAUUUUACAUUCCAGAUGAAAUAUAAUAAUAUAUCAUUCCUAACUGAAUUCCAUUUUUGCAUUACAUUUGAACUGUAUUUCUUUCAGUGAUAAAUUUAUAGAUAUCAGUACUAGAAAUGUUAUAAGUUUAUACAAAAUAUAUGAAAAUCAAAUAGAUUUUACAUUACAGCUAUAAUCUUAUAUGUAUUCAUCAAUAAUUAAGCAACUAGUACCAUAAGUUUUUUUUUGUUUUUUUUUAACUUUAUCAAGAAUUUUAAGAAUAUUUCAAAGAUUUUAUCUUGAUCAUUGAAAUACAUGGAAAACAAAGCACCUCUCAAAAAUUUCCCACAUUAUUUAUCAGGAUUUCCAAGCCCUGUAAUAAAAAUAGCAGUGAAAUUGAAAGAGAAUGAAUGUAGUCAGUCAAGAUAUAUCAUGUUAAAAGUGACCAUAAACUGAAUAUACUGACCAUGUCUUAGUGUAUGUUUCAAAACACUGAUUUUGUAAAAUUUUGUUUAUUUGUUAUGUUAUGCAGGGUUUUAUUUUGAUCCAGCAUCAUAUUUUGUUUACUGUUACAUUUGUUGUUAGCUCUUUUAAAAAAGUUGUCAUUGUACUUAGGCAGGUGGAGAUUCAGUUAGGUAGGGGCUUUCCCCAAGCCCAAGAGAAAAAAAUGAAAAUGAAUGUCAGAUUAUUACCAAAAUGUCUUUAGUUGCUUAUAAACAUAUUUACACUUUUGGUAUAUUUAGCUGAAUUUUGUCUCCAAAUGACCUUAGAUUGCCUACGAAUAACCUUUUAACGUCAAGCAACAAUCACUUUUUUAUUGUGACGCCAAUUUUUUUGAAUUGUUAUGUCAAAGUUUAUGGGAACCUGUGUGAUUCUACGUAAUGGCAGACAAAUUUGCAUACAAGUGUAAAUAAGUCUAUAUUCAAAGUAACUCCAAUGACAUAAUAUCCUGGAUCUGCACCGGUAGGUUAUUUUAUUUAUCAAUAAUUAUUUUAUUGCCUUUAUAUUUUUCAGAAUACAAUGCUAAGGAUGUUGUCUGUUACUGUUUUGUAAAAGGAAAAUAACAAAAAUUGCUCAGUUUACUACAUAUUUUUUUAGUGUGUAUGUGUUUCAGUUUGGUCUAUACUUUGAAGCCAAAUUAAAAGAAAUCAUGGUCUGUGAGAAAUUUAGCAUAAUACUGUUAGUGAACAUUGUAAGUUUUACCAUUUUAUUUAAUAAACCUUUUUAAAAGAUAUUGAAUAAUUAUAAAACAUAAAUGAUUAUAUUGCAGGGUUGAUUUUCACAAGAAGGUGUGUCAAAAUUGACAUGUCACAAACUUAAUUUAUGAAUACAUUCCUAGUACAAGAAUAUCUAAACAUACAAUGUGAUGUGGGACUCAAAACUUUUGAAUACCGUGAAGAAUGUAAAUAAAAUUUGUAUUAUUAUCAUGUCUUGUCAUCAGGGAUUCCUUAUUACAAUUUUUGCGAUGCCACCCGUUUUAACAAUAACUAGUUCAUAACAUUCCUUUAAAAGUGUUUACACGUACUAAUUAAACCGACUUUUUAAAAGACCACAUGAUAUUCAGAACAAAUUUUAGAUGCAGUGCUGUCAACUAGACAGGUUCUAUUAUAUUUGUGUUGUAAAUUUUGACAAAAAUCAGGUGGUGAUAAUUCUAAAUGUCUAAUUUAAUGUUUUUGUUUGAAGCUCUCCAAACAAGGGAUCAUCUCAUUUUUUCGUAUUUUAAGGUGGUACCCAACACUUUAACUAAAAUUAGUUUGGCUCGUUUAAUUUUCAUUAAAUUUUGUCUAAGUAUUUACUUUGACCCUUUAACAAAAAUAUAAAAAUUUCAAAAACUUUGAACCAACCGUUUUGUCAGAAAAAUUACACUGGUUAUAUAGCAGUUUGACAAACUACAAUUUUGAUCAUUGAGAAGCUUUUAAAAUAUUCCUUUUACCGCACAACGUCAUUAAAACAUUUAGAUGACUUUACAGAGUUAUCUCCCUGUAGUGUUAGGUACCACCUUAAGUGAUAUAAAUGAAAAAUUAGAAAUGUCUUUACAAAAAUACUUUACACAAACUAAAUUCAGAUAUAUAUAAGAGAAAAUGUCUUUACCUUUGAAAAAUACUUAAACUAUAUUUUGCCAUUAUGAAUGAAUUGCUGAAUUUUAACAAUAUGUAAGAACAAGAAUAACAAUUUGAACAAAUCUUAUAACUUAUUAAUUUUACUCCAUUUAUAUUCCAUAAUAGACAACUUAGUCUCUUGUAGAAUAAGUAAAGUAGUAUUUUUAUUAGUAAAGCUUAUGCAUAUAUAUUCUUGCACUUCCUGUGUAUACAUGUGUAUGUAUUUAUUGAUUUUAAAGUAUUGAAAUGUUGUUUACAAUUUUUACAAUUUCUGUAUGAUUUUUGCGGCGUUUUGCAUUUGCACCGAUUUUUUCUUUCAUUUGCGCCAAUUUUUUUUUUCAUUUGCGCCAAUUUUUUUACAGGUAAAUUACAGGUGAAAUGAUACAAGAAGAUGUGGUAUGAGUGCCAACGAGACAACUCUCCAUCCCAGUAAUGUUAUUUUCAUUUAUCAUUAAAGACCUCUUCCGUUAGCCAGUUGUACAUAUGUUAUGAAUUGUCAAUCAUAACAUGCAUAUAACUGUUAUCUCCUGUUUUAAAUCAAGAAGUAAAAACCUAAGAUAAAAGCACUUUGUUUAUACGAAAAUGACGAAUUAAAAAUAUAUGUCGUCAUUCAAAUCCAUAGAAACGGAAUACAUUCAAAUCAUAAAUCUGUUUUUGCCGAGUAUGUUUAGUAGGCAACACAUCUAAUAUAUUCCUUUCUUAUGAUUUCGUCUCUUCUAUAUUUGGGGUAAUUGUCGAUAAAGAAGGCCAUCUUUUCUUUGCCUGGCAUAUGUACUAGUGGGGACAUUUCUAGAGUUCGCAUUUUCUCACAAGAGAGCUAUUAAACCAAGAGUUCCACAUGGUGAAGUUGAAAUCAUCCCUUCGUUAGUUUUAUGGAAGCCAUCACGAAUUGGUUGACCGUUAUGGAAUGUGUACUUGUACGUUGUCUACGAAUGUAUGAAAUUUGUCAUCAGAAGGAGCGGAGCAUCAGACAAUGUCAAAUGUGAAGCAGUCAUCGAUUUCAUUAAGGGAAAGGAAUGGUAACCCGAAACAUUGGGAUAGCCAUUUACCAAUUGCAAUGUCACUUGAUUUGUCUUUAUACUCUGUGCUCGGCCAAUGUAAAAGUAUGAACUUACCUGUAACUUACCUGUAAAUCCAAUUAGGAAAAAAUAUAAAAUUGGCGCAAAUGAAAAAAUGAAAUCGGCGCAAAUGAAAGAAUGAAGAUUUUCAAAAUCGGCGCAAAUGUCAUACGCCCGAUUUUUGGUAUCCUGAUCAAUAACAGAAUGUUGAAUCCUAUUUACACAAGGAAUAACAUAGCACAUAGUUUGAUUCAACUGAUCAGAAAAUUUUAACCAAUUGUUGAGAAUAACCAUAUAUAGUCACGUCAAUAUAUUAAGUGCAAAGUGAUAAAUUAAAGCAUACAUACAAUCCUUUAAUAUUUGAAUUCCAAAAGUCUUUUUAUGAAUGUGAUAAUUAAGAUAUUUUCACAUAUAUUUUGAUCUCAAUAGAAACCAAUGUCACAAAA